UUACUUUCGCUACGGUCGCACGAAGCGUGAGUCGAAUUCUACCGAACACGGUGUAGUUUCAAGCUAUCGCCUGCAACGCAGGUUUCGCUGAUUUUUCGUACAAAAAUCUCUUUGCUAGGGUAAUAAUUUGAUACAAAGUAAAUCGAAGAAAAGUUGGAGGAUGGUUCUGGCAGAGAGAAACUCAGAAAAUGUUAGAAAUGGGCGCAGAUCGAGGGGCCCCAGCCCUAAUGGACAGACGGAAUCUUCGAGCGAAGAAGACGGAGUUCCAGCAGAGAAAAUCCGUGUUGGGAGGGAUUAUCAAGUUAUUGUUCCAGAAUUUGUUCCAGUCAGUGAACGACGAUUAGAUCAGUGUCCUGAUAGAGCAUUAUUGGUAUGGUCUCCUACUACUGAUAUACCUGAUCAAAAAUUGGAUGAAUAUAUCAUAUUAGCAAAGGAAAAGUAUGGCUAUAAUGGAGAACAAGCAUUAGGAAUGUUAUUUUGGCACAAACAUAACUUAGAGCGUGCUGUAUUAGAUUUAGCGAAUUUUACACCAUUCCCUGAUGAAUGGACAGUAGAGGACAAAGUUCUUUUUGAACAAGCAUUUCAGUUUCAUGGGAAAAGCUUCCAUCGAAUUCGUCAAAUGUUACCAGAUAAAUCUAUUGCCAGCCUUGUUAAAUAUUAUUAUAGCUGGAAAAAGACACGGACUAGAACAUCACUAAUGGAUAGACAAGCAAGGAAACUAACGAGUGGUGGGAAAGAAGGAGAAAAUGGUAGUGAAAAUGGGAGUGAAUUAGGUUCCAAUACAGACAGUGAAUCAGAAGAAAAAAAAUGGACGAUCCACCGCGGAAUACGUCGUGGAAAGAACCAAGCUGUGCCAGGAAGCCAAGGCACUGACGCCAAAGCCCCAUCCGACUCGGAAAACGCCCCUCAGGUUCAGGGCUCGUGUAGCAACUGUGGCGUUGCUUGUCAUAGUGUUCGUGCGACGCCGAAAGGACAUGCGUGUCACAGCUGCUAUCUGCACUGGAGGCGAACUGGUGUAGCAAGACCAUUAAGUUCCAUGCCAGGUCGAACAAAUAAAAGAAAACCACCUCGCGGUCUCGUUGUUAAUCACGAUGAUUUAGCAGCAUUGGCUGGUCAACCCAAUCAAGCAAACAACAGUUUACAAGCGAUUGACACCGAAAUUGUUAGCCUAAAACGACAAAUACAAUCAAACAAACAGCAAGUAAGCGCAUUGAAACGUAAAACAACUGACGGUAUUGAUGAUUUACGACCACCGGAAGUAUCCAGCCGUAUAAAUGCUCGUUGGACAAAUGACGAAUUGCUCUUGGCCGUUCAAGGUGUCCGAAAAUAUGGGAAAGAUUUUUCUGCGAUUGCUGAUGUAAUCGGAACUAAAACAGAAGCUCAUUUGCGGUCAUUCUUUGUAAAUUAUCGACGAAGGUAUAAUUUAGAUGCUGUCUUGAAAGAAUAUGAAGCUGAAAACGGUCCAAUAUUAAUUGACGAUGAAAAAGAAGAAAAGAUGGAUGUGGAUCAGCCUAAUGAAACAGCAGAGUCAUCUCAGAAAACGAAAUCAUCCGUAGGUCUUGGACAAACUGCUAAAUAACAAAUGACUAUACUUUUGAAUACCGGUAAGCGCGAAAAGAAUAAUCACAGGCACUUUGAUCAUCGAUAAUAUUCUGUAAAAGGUAUUUGUUCAUAAGUCAGUUUGCAAUUUUUAUUUUUAAUUUUACUACGUUAUGCAAUACUAAUGCAAUAUUGCAUUAGAAACAUCAAGUACAAGCAACAGUUUUCAUUGAACUUAUGCAUGAAUCAAUAAUUCAUAGAAAGGAAUAGGAAUAAAUUAAUAGGAACAAAAAUAUGUGAAUUUAUUUAGCUAAACUUAGUUUUGCGUAUGUCUAAUAUGGAUUUUAUUAAGCAAUAUGGAAGAAACGUAAUUCUAUUAAAGACAUCUGGUAUAUAAUUCUAAGCAUAGAUAAAUUAGAUUAAAGAUGAAUACAUCCAAGUGUGAAUAAUAAGUAUGUCUGCAACAUCCAUUGUACAUAAUCAUGGAUGCAUAAUAAGUUUCUUUCAAAUAAAUCAACUGUAUUAUGUAGCAUAUAAUAUUUGUAGAUAUACGUAAGGGAUAUCGAAGUCCCAUUUUAAAUGAAAGUAAUUUAAAAAACAAAAUUAUUCACUUUAAAUGAAGAAAGAUUCAAACAUUAAUAAAUGAAUGAAAGAUUGAUGCAAUUGUAAAAAUAUUGAAAAAAUGCUAUAGUUUACAACAUUCAGAAAGUCAGGUAUGGUUCAGUAACUUCGAUUUCAUAUGCGAAUAAUCAACGGUCUUCAACGAUUUUUUAUCUAUGCUCAAAUAUUAACUAGAUAUUAUUCUAACAAUUUGUCGCUACAAUGAAGCUGUGUUUGUAUUAAUUUAAAGUUUUGCAUGCACUUUAUGUCGACUUAUGUCCUGUAUAUUUAAUUUUUUAUAAAAUGUUUAUAAAAAAUAUACAUGAUCUAUGUUACGAAACUUAGAGUAAAAAGAAUAUAUAGAUAAGAA